AUGGGAGGUACUUCGGAGCCAUCGGCCGUUCAACUUAGCCACACAAUGGCCAAUAACCUUACCGUCGCGGCUGGUCUGUCCGUCUGUCAGGAGGAAGGAGCUGGAAGAGAGAUCUCGAGAGCGAAGAAGGCAAACAAAGACGGAAUAAUCCACAUCAGGUGUGCCCGCGGGUGGUAUGCGGCUGAAAGGCCUUGGGCAAGGCAACAAGAAUAUGACCAAUCAGAUGUAUCGCAAACAAUCUCGGAACGGGUUCAACCAAUCAGUGUCCAUUAUUUUAGUCAGCUUUUAAGUUGA